AGUCGUAAAGUCGGUUUUCUGUGCUGUUGUAAUUAGGUUUGAACGCCAGGAGCGAGCGGGAGUGUUUGGGAUUGCUCACAUUCAGCACAGCGGCGUUUUGGUAAAGAUUUUUAAUAUUUCUUCAGAAAGCAGACCAGAUAAUAGGCGGCCGUUCAAACUAGCAUUUCUGUUAUAACGAAUUUAUAUCAAGGAGCGGUGGGGCCAGACUAACUGCUGUAUAACGUUAGCUAGUUCGCGGUUUACUAACUCAGGAGGCCGAGUAAGAGCCAUACUCUGUUCCGUGUGUCCUGUCCGGCCAACGGUCCCGUUUUACACCCAAAAAAUGACCGGAACGCGAUGUACUUCUGAACCGACAGUUGGCAGUUCCAAUAGCACGAACCUGCGUUUGUAGGUGACAAGCAUAGUGUUGCGGCUUAAAAUGUUACCCUGUGUAUUAGCGAGUUUCCUGUUGAAUACGGCUGGUUGUUGUUGUAAACAUCACGUCUGCCUCGUCGUUUGGCUUGAAUUUAAGACAUGGGUUUGGGGUAUAUUUAGACACUUUAAUGAAAUUAAAAAGAGUAAGUGGCAUCCGCGAGCACUUUUUUGGUUUCUCAGUUGCUGUUGGUAACCAUACAUUUGGCUGAGGUCGCCAGAAUGCAUGGUCACACAUCAAAACGGAACACCUGCAACACGUUAACAGCACUCAGCUAAAGCUAGCCGCCGGGCGUUGAAAGAGAAAAUGCACUUCAAAUCAAAACUUAAUUCUCAUGGGUCAACAUUUAAGAAGCCUGAAGUCUGUUUUAGUCAAAUUAUUGAGUAUAAAAUCACAAAUUCGAGUUGUGAGUUGAAAUGGACAGUGAUUACUGGAAGUUCUCCAGCCCAGUAGAGGUAUCCAGCUGUAGGGUGCCAUGUCCCUCAGUGAAAACAUCACUAUCAGCAGUUUUUGUGUAGUACAAAGUUGAACUUAACCUUCCAGAGGGAUAGUAAAGGCAAGAAUAUUCCUCCACAACCAUAUUAUUCGGAGCUGGAAUGACUUUCAGUAGAUUGGUAAUAUUUUGUGGUUAUUACUUGGUAAUAGGUGUAAAUGUGCUCAAACUUGAUAGUGUUGGUUUUGGAAACAAAGACUGUGAUAAAAGUAUCUUAUACAGUAAAUCCUAUGUGUGUCCCUUAGGUGUCGUGAUGGCGACAGACAUUGUUGCACAGUUGGCCGACUCUCUGGCCAAAACUGUAGUGGUGGAAGGAGAGCUGAGCUACAAAGGCCAGGGGCAAAAGCUGGACGAUGCCAAAUCAGGUGAACAUCAUCUGUGGAAAACUCUUAUUUUUUGUCUUAUCAAUUCCUAAUUCUUUUCUUUCCUGACCUCUAUUGAAACCCUCAUCUUUUCUCUGUCUUGCAGUGGAGGAAAUGGUGAAGGAGAUCCAGGAUUUUGAGGGUUUACAGGCUCUGAGGUUGGAGGGAAACACUGUUGGUGUGGAAGCAGCUCAGGCAAUUGCAAAGGCUCUGGAGACCAAAAGCGAGUUUAAGGUGUUUAUUUGUGCCUGUUUUAUUAUUUUCAUUUUAGAAUUAACAGCACAUGAGUUAAUUAUAGUUUAUUUUUCACAUUUAAACAUGUUAUAUUAGGUAUCGAGUAACUGUUUGCCAAUCCUUAGGUCAGUUCUUUUUAGGUGUGUCCAUUUUUUCUUCUGUAUUUCCCUCUUUUUUCCAGAUCGACUCCUAAAUCAAAAUGAAAAUACAUUAAUUUGGACAUUAUUUGGCAAUUUUUCUAAAAGAAUUACUCUGGAAGAUUGUUUUGUUUUUUUAAUAGCAACAUAUCAUGUCGUAGAUAAUUGAAGUUUUCCAUUGUUGACAUUGACAGUUUUUGUUCUUCCUCUUUCUUGCAGUGCUGUUAUUGGAGUGACAUGUUCACAGGUCGCUUGCGCUCUGAGAUCCCACCUGCUCUGGUAACACACUUUUUUGUUAUCAUGUCAAAUAUUGUGCCCCUUCCCUGAACUCUUACUCUACUGCCACUUAGUUUUUUUUUUUAAUUCUCUACCCACCCUGAUUAUUUUUUUGUCCUUGUAUCCCCUUGUUGUAGAAUUCACUGGGGGACGCUCUCAUACUAGCUGGUGCACAGCUCACGGUCUUAGACCUCAGUGACAACGCCUUUGGACCUGAUGGAGUGAGGGGCAUCGAGAAGUUGCUGAAGAGCUCCGCCUGUUACACCCUGCAGGAGCUGCGGCUCAACAACUGUGGGAUGGGUGUUGGAGGGGGGAAGGUACAUCACAAAGACACAAUUUCAGAAGAGUUAUUACAGGGAUGAUUGUUAAAAGGAAAGAACUUGAUGGUUUGCAAAUCAUUUAAACUCUAUCUUUAAUAGAAAAUAGUGCAAAGACAACACAUCAAAUACUGACAAUGACAAAUAUGAUUGUUAAAGGAAAAAUAGGUGCUCACUUUAAAAUGAAUGCCAGUUACACGUACUAAACCAGCUGGGACAAGGAAGGGUAGCAUGACAAGUUAAAAACGACACUCCCAUUGCUCUGUGAGGGCCAAGGUGGGCAAAGAGUCCAGAAUAACAUUUCUCAGCAUAAAACUUUUGGGUUUUUUCUUUAUCUGCAGUUUACAUCUACUUUAUAUCAUUAAAGGAUUCAGAGAAUGUGGACUAAUCUCUGUAUGUAAGGGACAUGUCCCAAAGCCAGUAUUUAAUGGCCAUAGUCUUCUAUCCCUCAGGUGGCACUGCACUGGAAACAGACAUGACUCUUAAGAGAAAAUCACUGCAGGUAAAAAUCACAUUUGAAAAAAACUGUAGCUUUCAAAGAGGGACCAGUCAAGAUUAGUCACCUUCUGGAAACAUUGUUAUACUAUUAUACAGUUGAUGCAACACAUCUGUAAACAUGCUGCUGCCCCUGCUGACUUGAAAUCAUAGCAUCAAGUUCAAAAUGAGACUAUUUAUCAUAAAACAACAUUUUUAACUUUAAACAUUUGAUAUGUUGUCUUUGCACUAUUUCUUUUUAAAUACAGACUUUAAACUAUUCUGUGAACCAUCACAAUUCUGUUUUUAUCAACAUUUCACAACAUUUUCACCUGCUCUUAUGAAUUUGGGGUUUUAUACUCUUUUAUACAAUAAAUUCAAGUGUCACAUGAUUAGGUCUACGUUAGAAUCUCUUCAUAAGUCCCUGUUAGUAAGUAAUGUGUGUGUUUUACUUCUGUGUAUGAACACAUUUAUUUUGCUCUUAAAUUUGAAAAGAAGACUGACUAAGCCAAACAGUAUCUUACAUUCCUUGGUAGUCCAGUCUUACCAAUCUGUUGAUGACUUGGUUGUUAAUUGUUGAGUUUUGCUGUGGUUUUGAGUUAUUGUUGUCAGCUGGGAAAAAAAGAAAACUUGCCAAAAACAGUUCUUGAAAAAAACAAACAUACAGGAGUUGAAUGUUGAUGACUUUGGUGAAUAGAAGUAAUCAUCUUUGUUUCUGGACUCAGAUCUUGGCUGCUUCCCUGACCCAGUGCCAUAAAAUGUCGAGUAAAGACGGCACCCCGCUCAGCCUGAAGGUGUUUGUUGCAGGUAGAAACCGCCUGGAAAACGACGGCGCCACAGCCCUCGCACAAGCCUUCCAGGUGACUGAUCUUUCAGCUUUGAUUUCUUUCCUUGUAGACUGACGGAACGAUGAUGCUUUCCAAUAGAGAAUAUAACUGUUUUUGUGAGAAAUUGACCAAGACUUUCCUUCUCAGAGUAUUUUACAUGAUUGUUUUCGCAAUUAUUUGACAACUUGAGCACAGUUUUUUAAGAUUUCUGUUUCUUUCCCAGCUGAUGGGCAGUCUGGAGGAGGUCCACAUGCCCCAGAACGGCAUCAAUCACGCUGGUGUGACUGCGCUGGCCACAGCCAUGCAGAACAAUACUGGUCUCCGCAUCCUCAACCUCAACGACAACACCUUUACCGAGAAAGGGGCUAUUGCUAUGGCUCAGGUACCACCAUACCACCAUACAUUAACCUUGGGGGAAAAAGGAGAAAGAGUCUGUCUGUGAAUCACCUCUUGUAGAAAUGACUGUUGAUUGGCAAGAGAAAUAUGAGUCAUAAGAGUUGCUUUAGGAGGACAACUGCUGAAGAAGGACUUUUCAACCAAUUUAUAUCAGCUUAACAUCUACUUACUGCUGUCUUGUCAAGUUUUUAAAAGUGUUGAAGCAGUAGAAAAUAAUUGUUACUGGUUGAACUUUUCUCAAGAUCUGGUUCAUAAUACCUGUGACUUCAACAGGCCUUGAAACACCUCCGAAGCAUUCAGGUGAUUAACUUUGGGGACUGUCUAGUGCGACCGGCAGGAGCUGUAGCUAUCGCAGAGACUGUGGCUGAGGGACUGCCGAUCCUUAAGGUGUGUUGAAUGUACCCCUUACUCUCGAUUAGAGUCAGGUGGGAUUUCUUUUUUAACUAACAUGGUGUUGGAGAAACAAGUUCAGGUUUGAUAUUGACCAGGACCUACCAUGGUCAGCCACACCUGAUAAUAUUCUUUGUCUUAUCCAAUAUUCAAUCAGUAAGAUCUGUAUUUCCCCAUUGAUUUGAACUUUUGUGCAACAGGAACUCAAUCUGUCAUUCGGUGAGAUCACAGAGGAAGCUGCUCUCGCUGUUGCACAGGCAGUAAAGGACAAAGACCAGCUGGAGAAACUGGACCUCAACGGUAAUACCUGCAAAGAGUUGAUGAACAGUUUAUAGAUGUACCCCCUCAAGAGUUUUGAUACUAGCUCCAUAAAAUGUUGUUAAAAAACAAAUUUGAUGGUUUGCAAAGCAUUUGAAAUAGUUCAGAAAUAGUUCAAAAAUAUAUAUGGUGUUUGUUUUCAGGUAACUGCCUGGGAGAGGACGGAUGCAAAGUUCUUAAAGAUGCCAUGGAAGGAAUGAACAUGGGUGACCUCCUGGGAUCACUCAGGUAACUGUAACGUACUAAAGCGCCUUUGUUUAGUGUAAUGAAAUCCAUUGUGAUAUAGAGAAGUAAAAAUGCUGCUGAGGGAAAGACUGACCUGAGUUUUGUGAUUCAAAAACUGCAGCAAGCUCUGAGUUUAGUCAAAAAAUCUUUAAUGCUGCCAUUUCAGGAGGAAAAGCUGAUGUUUACAUUGAAUCCUUUAUCCAGAUUAAUAAACAUCUAUUCAUUUAUUAUUUAAAGGAGUACAAAAUAAAAAUAUCGCACAGUUUAAACCAGUGGUUCUCAAGUCCAGUCCUUGAGGCCCACUGUCCUGCAUGUUUUGAAUGUUUCCCUGCUCCAACACACCUGAUUCAAAUGAUCAGCUCGUUAUUAAGCCAUUACAGAGCUUGAUAACGAGCUAAUCAUUUGAAUCAGGUGUGUUGGAGCAGGGAAACAUCCAAAACAUGCAGGACACUGGGGGCUCGAGGACUGGGUUGAGAACCACUGGUUUAAACUGUCUAAAAUAAUCAUAAACUUCUGCUACUAACAUGAAGUUACAGCAUUUAGAGGCAGUUCCCUGAAAUGCCCACAAGAGGUCUCACUCACACUUGUUGCGUAAGCCUAACUAACAGUGAAUUGAAUUUACUGCAAAAUCAAAUCAUUCACUACUGGAUAAAAUAAAAGUGUUGCUGUUGGAAAAAAAAAUGGAAAAAUAAUAAUUUUGCAAUUAAAAAUGUGAUAUCGAUGGAGACGAGACCACAACAAGCCUCAAAUAUAUCCUCAUAACAAAAACUCUAAGAGGCGCAUGUUUUAUUUUCAUGAACAAAAUAAAAGGAAAAUGUUAGUGAUGGACCAUCAGACAUUCAAAAUCCAUGAUAUUUUUCCUCUUGCUCUGUGUAGAACUCUUUAACAGACUUGCUCUUUGGAAAAUUUCAGCGGCUCUCACCUAGACAUUCACCAGACUGUACUGUUCACAUCUAUACCCUUACAGCUGAUGAACAGUUUGGAUCAGAUUGGCUCAUUGCAGUUAUAAUUCAGACCUCUCCCCCAAGUUCAAAUUAAUACUUGAAUUUCUGAGAAAAAGUGAGAGUCCUGUACUUUUCUCGAUGUGUGAUUCAGAGGAGUGUGUCACACCUGGAACUGUAAAAGUCACACUAUCUGAUGCAUCUUGUCCCAGAACAAAAUUUCCACUGAGGUGUCUUUCUCUGCAGUGAUGAUGAAGGUGAGCCAGAAGAUGAUGACGAUGAUGAGGACGAAGAGGAUGAUGAGGAGGAAGAUGAAGAGGAUGUGGAAGAGGAGGAGUUGGAAGAGGAGGAAGAGGAAGAAGAAGAAGAGGAGGCAGUGGAAAACGGCGGCAUCAAGGUCGGGGAAAUGCGUAACGAUGAAUUUUAAACUCCUGCAUGUUUGUUUAGUGUUGCAAUUUAACUUCUCCUUUCUUCUCACCCUGACAUCAUAGUUGUCCACCCCUACUUCAGCACCUCGACCUCCAGACGUCUCCUCCUUCCUCAGCUUCCCAUCCCCAGACAAACUGCUUAACCUGGGGUCAAAGAGGGCGAUGCUCAUUGAGCAGCAGGUAAGCACAGUGAAGGUUGAACAGAACUAUGCUGAGGAUUAUUAUAAGUGUAUUUAGAACUGAAGAUGCACCAGCGAAGCAGGAUGUCCAUCAGUUUCUUUUUCUCCUCUGAGUGUAGGUGGAUGUUUCAGAUGCUUCAAAAACAGCCGAGGCCUUCCUGAAGAUUGCGUCGGUGUACAAAGAGGACAACAAUGAUGUGAAGAGCGCAGUACUGGAAAGCAUUGGUGAGAGAAUAUGCUGCUUGGUUGAUAUGGUGUAUAAGGUGAUAUCUUUUGGAGUCAGGGUCUGUGCAGAGAUUGACUCAUGGAGCUGUGUUAUUGAUGGUCACACCCCUUACUCUAACUAAACACCCAUUUAACUUGUUCUUCCACUCCCUCAGACGGGGACAGUCCACAGCAGCACGGGCUGUUUUGUGGGUCUGAAGUGAUACUUAUGGUUCUAGACAGUUCAGUGACUCUUGUGUUAGUGAUUGUUGCAGGUCUAGACCUGAUCAGUUAGAGAAUUUUAUGAUAACAGGAUUUACUUUUUUAUUGACUGUGCGGUCAUAACCCAGUGUUUUGUUUUCUCACAGACGCCCUUCUCAAGAAAGCUUUCGCCGCCUCCUCCUUCCAAGGUUACAGCUUUGUCUCAUCUUUGCUAGUGCUAAUGGGACUCAUCAAGGUUUGAUUGAUAUUUUAAGAUCAAUUUCUGAUGAUUUUUCUUCACCCUUCAUUUAUUCUUGCUUAAUUUCUGAUCUCUCUGAUGGAUGUUUUUUCUUGUGUUUCUUACAUCGUUCCCUUGGCUGCCCAGAGUGAGGAUAAGGUGAAGCCAAUGCGUGUGGCUCCAGGUCACCUGCAGGCAUUAGAGCACGUUGUUCAACAGGAAUACUUCCCCAAAGAGAGUGUGGCUGUGCUGGAGGCCUUCUUGUCCCGGUAAGGGCGUGAAAGAAUGAGCCAAUCAGCAGGUAGCAAACAGGUACAAACCACUCUGAUUAAUCGCUGAACUGAUUUUACUGGUGUGGGUGAUGGACUCACUCUGGUGACUGUUUUUUUUCCCCAUUACUUUAGCCUUUUAAUGGACUCCUCUUUCAUCUCCUGACUAUAGAACAUGUUUAUCUGUUUUGAUCUAGAACUCAGUUAAUGUUUUGACUCUGCGGCCAAAUUGCGAGCAAUAGCAGAAAAACUGCAGCAUGAUAACAUGAGUUACUAAUAACAUCCAGUCUGCAGAUCUAAUUCAACACUUUUAGUUAAAUAUCUCCCUCCUUUUAACAACAUUUCUUAGAAAACAGUAUUUGAAUUGAAAUACAACCUCAAUUUGAAAAAGUUGGGACAGAGUGUAACAUGUUGAUAAAAAUCAAAUCUUAUGGUUUACGAAUCAUUUAAAUUCUGAUUAGUUUCUGCACAUCAGAGCGUUAAUAAAUAUUCUCCCAUUCUCUCCUGGCAUGAGAUUUUAGCUGCUCAACAGUCCUUUACUGUAUAUUUGUGGGUGAUAAGUCAGGGCUGCAGACAGCCUGUUUUAGCACCAACACUCUCCGACUUCCAAGCUGUGUUGAUAGAAUACUUCAGUAAGUGCCUAUCGAGAUGUGUAAGCUACUCAUGCCACGCUGGCUUUGAACUUUGAACUCUGAGAUGAUAAAAAGCCUUUUUAAGGGCGGAGGAUGUGUUGUCCAUGAUUUCCAAAAAGAGUGUCAACUUUGGUUCAUGCAAGGUUUUCUCUUUGGAUGGUGCAGUUUUAACCUGCAUUUGUGGAUACAGAGACGAACUGUGUUCAUAGUCAGUGUUUUGGGGACAUCAAUAGGAGCCCAUGCAGUGAUUUCCACUACAGAGUCAUGUCUGUUUCUAAUGCAGUCCCUAUAAGAAACUCUUCAUAUCCUCAGAUUUAUUAGAUGACAUUUCAUAUUUUGAACCUUAGUUGAUGAGAUCCUUUUUUGUCAUUUUUACACAGUUACACUUUUCUUCAAUUGUUGAACCGUUUGCUUUUGCAGUCUCUCACAAAGUGGGUUUCCAUUUUUACUUAUGGGGGACUCUGCCUCUCUAGACUGACUUUUUUUACUCAACCAUGUUACUAACCUGUUGCAAAUUCAUCGAUCUAAAUUUGAUCUAAAUCUAAAUUUUCAGUUUCAAUAUCUGAUGCGCUGUUUUUGAUUAAAUAUAGGUUUUCAGUCAUUGUCAAUGGUCAGGUUGUGUGUAAAUGUAGUACAUGGCGUCCCAGCUCUUAUGGUAUAUGGGUUAUACAUGAUAUAGCAGUAGAACUAAUGAGUGUGCUGGAUUCAGUACUGUGUGUGUCUAAGAAAUGAUAACCCUCCUAUUGUGUGUGUGUGUGUGUGUGUUGUCAUCUACAGAAACAACAAGGCACUGGAGCCGUAUGCAAACGCCAGGAACAGCCUCCAUUCAACACUGCAGAGAGUCAGGUCUGAGAGCUGAGGACCGACACACACACACACAGACACACACACACGGUCUGAACUUUUACUGAUCCCUGAUGGACCCUUUGACAGCAGCACUCGUCAAACUGAGCAGCACUUGAAGAUCAACCUCCACACUCUUUCUCCUGCUCUCUCUCCCUCUGUGAACGGACUCUGGGCUGGACUUGGAUGUUUGCUGUUUCCCCUCUCAUAAUGUAGACUAACGGAAGUACUUUGUGUAUGCUCAAAUCACCGCACGACUGCACUGACAACUCUGUCUACAUGCUCUUUCUCUGGACACGUGUUGCUGAGAUGACACUUCAACACAAACUUCAAACCUCUGAGCAGAUCUGACCUGGUCCUGAUCAGCUGCUGUACAUUAACUGUUUCAUAUCUACCUUUACUGUCCACUUAUUUUAUAUGAAAUGUUUAUGAAAUUGAAUAAUAAGGUAAGGAUAAGUGAUAUUCAAAGUUGAAGAGCAACCAAAAGGGAUUCAUAAUGGUUUUAUGUAUUUUCUGCUGAUAAAGGUGCAGCUUUUGGUUUGUGUUGUAGAAAUAAAGCUGAUCUGAGUGUCAGGCUGUUUUUCACCGUUUUUGCACAUUUAUCCAUUAGGGCUGAGAUUAUGAAUUUCUAGACCUGAAGAUGUGACCCACCUGAUACUUUCUACAUGAAACACACCAACAAGUGAAUGAGAGGAGAGCUUUUCUUCCACUUGAAGCACUGCACACAAUCAAUCAGAGUCAAAAUCUG